GGAACUAAUUCUCAUCUCAUGUUAACUACAGUUUUAUCUAAUUUAUAUAUACAUAGCAAAGUAUAUAUACUGCAAGGACAGAGAGGAAGGUUUCCGUUUACGCUUAUGAGUACAUCCUUAAUAAUCUAAGAUUAUAGGGUUCAAAUCCAUUGAACAACAUGAUUACAUGUUAUCUAAUUGAUGCUGAACACAGUGCUGACAGCCUCAAAUCCUUCAAACUGAUCAAAAACCAAAAGAAUUCAAGUCGAUCACACUUUACUGAAGUGAGAACCAUCAAGAGAUUAAGGCUGGAUCUACGUUUUCAGUUGACAACCUCCUAUUACCAUAGCAAUUUGUUUACAAUAAGAUGUAUGCAAACGUUUGCUAGUUCAUACGAUCUUUUACAUGUUUUAUGUUUUAAAUCUGAACUCUACUCACCCAUCCAUCCACCUCACUCUUCAUGCUUUUGUAGGCACAAAACAUUUCGAAGUUAGACAAUCCAUGAUUAAUGAUUUACUACUCACCAACUCUUAUCCUUCCUUCUUCAAGAAUAUUCACCUGAUAAACCCUACAAAUAGUUAGUCUUCUUCUCACAUUCCUGACGAUCUACUCUACUUUGAUUGUUUAUAUUAUCUACUAUACCGGUUG